AUGAACCCCCAAUCCUUCAUUCCAUCGGAGCUCAGCUCUCCUGGCAGUCACUCGGCUCCGGAUCUGCUCUCUACAGCAGCCGAGCCUUCCCAGCUGACCUCAGACUGUGUAGAUUGCCGCAAGUUCACCGGCGGCCUCGGAGCUUACCUGAUCCACGUCCCGUCAUCCGUUGUUCACGUGCAAGGGGACGUGAAGGAACACUCCGUGUCGGGAUUCGGGGGACGCACGGCACGGCGCUUCUGGUGCCCUUCGUGCGGAUGCGCGCUGUUCGACCGCAACCAGCAGGGCGACUUCUACGUCAUGGCUGGGCUGUUGCCGCCUGGCAGCGUGCCGAGGCCUGGUAACGAGAUUUGGUGCAAGGAUAUGGAGAAGUGGGAGCAUCUCUAUGUUCCCGACAACUCGCAUCAGACGCAGGCAGAGUAG